GGCUUAUCUUCAAUCUGCUAAGCCACAUAAUCCCUCAUCUUUUGUAUGUCCAGCUUUGGCGCAACUGAAUCAAGAACUCAUACAUAAGUGGCAAUUCUCAGCAUAACCCCGCUGGUUCGUUACGAAACUCCAACCAGAAGGAUUUACCGUACGAAGCUACUAAAUCGCGUUCUAGACUUUCUCUCGGUGUUCAAACCACGCGAUGGCGUCCAGCAAGUCAAAUUCUAUUUUGAAACCUGACCAUGAUAUCAAAAGGGUUGCAACUUCCACCAUCGUUAUUCCAGACUACCAAGAUAAAGAGGCAUCAAAUGAUUCCAAAUUCAAAGCAAUUUUCGAUGAGCAUAUGAGUGCAAAGAAUGCUUCUGUUGCAUACCGUGAAGUUCAUGUUCUUUUGUUGUCAUGGGACCGCAAAGAUGAUGACCUCCAUGUAGAACAAGAGGUUGCGGAUCUCGAGAGUGUAUUUCGGGACACUUUCAAAUAUAAAACAACACAAAAGAUUUUGCAGCAGAAUCCAAGGAAGCACCCGCAAGCUCAAAUAAACUUGUAUCUUGCCGAGUUUGUUCACAAUUAUGAUGAUCCAAACACUCUUCUUAUUGUCUACUAUGCCGGGCAUGGCAAGCUUAGCGACGAUGGGGAUGGAUUGGCUUUAACUCCAUCAACAACUCAGCCAGAUGAAGAGAAUGAGUUGAAUGAGAUUGUCUGGAGCUCCGCGGAACACAACAUACAAAACACUAAAAGUGAUUUUCUGGUCAUAUUUGACUGCUGCAAUGCCGGCGCAAUGGAUCGCAGUGUUCGUGGUGGUGACUUCACCAGAAGAGCCUUUGAAUACAUGGCUGCGACUUCUCAAAACUCAACUACGAGAAAGCCAGGCCCUAAGUCAUUCACUGCUGCCCUCAUCUGGGCUCUUGAAGAAUUGGUUCGCUCCAAGCCUGGGAAGCGUUUCAGUACGCAAGAACUGACCCGAAAAAUCUUCCAAGCACCCAACUUUCCUAAAACCCAGGCUCCAAGAUUAAUGGAACCAGGCCCGAAAGGAUCUUUGAGGAAAAUUGUUCUUGUUCCUCUCGAUCAGCAAGUAAAAUUCGGGGACCGAGGAGAGCAUAGCAGUGGACAGAUCGAUGAUAUAAAAGAGACAUUGAAUCUUCGAUUCGUCUUCAAUCGUAAAAUCACCAACAAGAUAGUUAGAGAGCUUGCUAAGGAUCUAACCAAUCUUAUAAGUGGGGGAGAUUUUGUGGCAUCCACAGUCCUUUGGGAUGGGAUCAACACUUCUAAUUCGACAAAGAAAAGAUUCCGUGAUGUUGUCAGCCAUGUCAUUGGUCAGAACCACCAAAAGAAUCGGAGUAAAUCAUCGAUUCUAGAUAUGGAUGGUGUACAAUUCUCGCCAACCACACCAACCACACCAACAAUAGGACAAGAAUUGUCAGCUUCAUCCGAAGAUAGUACCAAUGAUGAACCCAAUCCAGAGCUUUCACUUCCAAGCCCUUCCUCAGAGAUCGCGAUAAAUGGAGGAGAGACAAGUGUGAGAGACGAAGAUUCAGAUACAUCUAAAAAGAGAAAACGAGAGGAGAAGACGAUUCACGACUUGGAAGCUGUUGACACCAUUUCUAACUCGUCACUUACGACCCGUCAGGCACGACAGACUAAACGUCACUCUGGUGACCGGAGGCUCUAGAGAAAUAGUUAUCAGAAUAUUGGACGACGCAUUGUCAGCGUAAUUGAAUUGGUUUACUUAAAAUGUUUUAUUUCUUUUGUAGCUUUAUAGAAAUGAUGGGAGGUUACGUGGAUUUAAUUUGGGGGGCUUACGGCGCAAGAAACAGGAUUCCAUUGGAGAUAGUGAUCCAGGCAAUGAUUUUGCCUCGACACAUAGAUAGACAUGCCCUUGUGCAAAAUUUCGUUUUUUCAUAAUCUGAGAAAGAGGAUCUGGCAACAUUCCUAUCAGUUCACAUAUAUCAAGGACGAUGAUGAUACACUGAAUAGCCUCGACA